GAAAGCUGGGAACUGGAAUAGUGGAGUGAAAUGAGAGAAGAGAGGACAAGACAAGAAAAAGAAGGCACCCGUUCGAGCACCCUCAUGCUGGAGAGACAAAGACAGGGAACUGGACUGCUGAGGACAACAGACAGAGCACAGAGAGAAUCUGAGGUGGCAGGCAGACUGUAGUGAUUUAAUUUUCCAACACAGACAGAGACAAGUGGAAGCAGCGAUGCAGAACUCUCAUUGGGUGUGUGUGGUGCGUCUGACACCGUCAGGCUGCCAUGGCUCUGGUUCAGGCACUGCCUGUGUCCAUGACUGACCACUCCAAUUCUGGUGUUGAAGUCCAGCAGUGUCGACCGCUCUCGUCCCACUCCCCAACAGACACCUGUGCUGGAGCUUGUGGGCCCUGUAGCGCUGGGACAGCCAUGGGUUCAGUAAGCAGUCUUAUAUCAGGUCGGACAUACCAGGAAAGACACUGCCGGGCCGCAAGUGAAUUCACCAAGCCACGGCGCGCUACGCCAGCUACCAGCUGCUUCCGGCUCCAGGAUAACACCCUCCGUAGUGGGAGUUCUCUUGAGCAACUGCUGAUUCAUAGCAACCAAAUACAGCCCCAGGUUCUACCUCCACCACUCCCCACGAAGAAGCAGCCACGGCCAGGAAAUACUGCUGGGGUAGGCAGUGCUGGAGCAUCUGGUGCAGUAGGUGGUGGAAAUAAUGGGAACUUUGGGUAUGCAAGUGAAGAGGUGUUAGUAGGAGAUUGGAAUGACAACUUAGUAAUGACAGCUGGAAGCCCGUGUAGUGACACAGAAGACCAAAGGGACAACAGGACUCUUAAUGGCAACAUUGGGGGACCUCCUCCCAAACUCAUCCCAGUGUCUGGACAAUUGGAGAAGAACAUGGAGAAAGUUCUUAUCCGUCCUACAGCAUUUAAACCUGUAGUGCCCAAGAACCGUCACUCUGUACAGUACCUGUCUCCACGGCCAGCGGGCAGCAGUCUCUCUGAGAGCCAAGGCAGCCUCAAUCUUCUUCUGCCCCUCGGAGGAUCCACCAGCACUCCUGGAAAUGGAGGAAGCGGCAACUCUGAAGGGAAGCGUAACUCCUACAGCGGAGGUCGCAAUGCUCGGAACAGCCAAUCCUGUUCCAUGUCAGAUUCUGGAAGGAACUCCUUGUCAAGUCUCCCUACUCACAGUAGCACAGGUUACAGUUUGGCCCCCAGUGAGGGUUCCAGCUCUGGUUCUGGCAUUGGGGGCCAGUUGGAACCCACAUCUGGUCCGGGUCAGAGCACUUCUGGUGCAGUCAGGACCCAUGGUCACACGAACUCAGACAGUGGACGUUCCUCAUCCAGCAAAAGCUCCGGCUCUGGCUCACUCAGCGGGCGUGGGCAGCCGUUAUUAGACAGCAGGUCCUGUGGCCACUCGCCACCACCCAUUGAAGGUUAUGAGGCGGUGGUCAGGGAACUAGAGGAGAAGCUGAGGGAACGAGAUCAGGAGCUCCAACAGCUCCGGGAAAAUCUGGAUGAGAAUGAAGCUGCUAUCUGCCAGGUGUACGAGGAGAAGCAGCGUCGCUGUGAGAGAGAGAUGGAGGAGCUGAGGCAGAACUGUGCCACGAAAAUGAAGCAGGCGUCACAAAAAGCUCAGAGGGCACAGCAGGUGCUGCAGUUACAGAUAUUUCAACUACAGCAAGAGAAGAAGAAGCUCCAGGAAGACUUUGCCUCUCUGCUGCAGGACAGGGAAACGCUGGAGAGGAGAUGUUUGACCAUUCAGAGGGAGCAAACUCAGCUGGGUCCACGUCUGGAAGAGACAAAGUGGGAGGUGUGUCAGAAGUCAGGGGAGAUCUCCCUCCUAAAGCAGCAGCUGAAGGAGAUGCAGUCAGAGCUCAGCCAGAAGGCCGGAGAGAUUGUGGUGCUGAAGGCCCAGCUCAGAGAAGCCCGUUCUGAACUGCAGGCCAGCCAGGUUCGAUCCCAGGAGGCCCAGACAGCACUGCGAACCCGAUCUCUGGAGCUGGAAGUCUGCGAGAACGAGCUCCAGAGGCGCAAGAGUGAAGCUGAGCUGCUUCGGGAGAAACUUGGCCGUCUGGAGGAGGAGUCAGCCCGACUCUGUGAAACACUGACCAAUCACAGUAGACCCUCUCUGGCUGGAAAUCCAUGUCCAACAAUGAAAGGCCAGUGCAUGAACCUGUCCCUCCAGCCAGGUAGAAGCGUGGCAGGAAGGGGUGGUCCCAGUCCCUCUGUGUACCGCGAUGGAGAGGAGAGUCUUCUGGUGUGGGGCGGGGAGAGUGAUGAAGCCAAGGCACAGAGACAGAAUGCAGAAACAGUGCUGGCACUCAGACAGCAGGUGGACAGGCUGAAGGCCGAGCUCAUAUAUGAGAGAAGGACCAGUGAGGAGCAGCUGUCACACUUUGACGAUGAGAGGAGGGUGUGGCAAGAGGAGAAAGAAAAGGUAAUCCGCUACCAGAAACAGCUGCAGCAGAACUACAUCCAGAUGUAUCGGCGAAACCGGAACCUGGAGCGAGUGAUGAGAGAGCUGAGUUUGGAGCUGGAGAACAGAGACUUGGAGGACUAUGAGGUCCACACUGGCAGCAAUGAAAUCCACUUUGAGGAAAUCACCGCCACUGAGAUCUAAACACGCGGAUCUAAACAGGGGAACUCGACCAGCAACUCGUAAAGAUGUGAAAGAAACUCACAGGAUGAUUACUGCACUACUGUAUUCAACACAGCUUUACCUGCACCACCGAGUGAGCGCUCGUCACUGUCAAAAGGGAGAUCUUCCAAAUGUGCAUUCUUACCUUGUGCUAAUAGAGGCAUACUGUCGCUUUUAUUCCACGACAAAGCCAGCACAGACCUCUUUUCUCGGGACAUUACAAAAACCAAGACCAUAGUGUUCUUUAUUGGACAGUAUGUGAAUCAGGGUAUCAAAAACUAUGAGAAUUCAUGCAAAUAUAUUAGAACAUGCAUUGUCCUCUUAUAGCAGUCACAUGCUUCUAUGUAGCACACGAGCAUGCAAGUAAUGAAGAUCACCACUGCUGGCUAUUAAGGACUUCGUUAGCCGUCCAUACUGUGCUUAUUAGCAGCACCAACCACAACCCCUGCACUAGCCCUCUUAUUAUUAAAGGGAAAUCUACACUAAAAAGACAUAUUUAAACAUUUUAAGAUGUUCAGUGGAUGGGCAGAUCAUGUUUAUCAGUUUUAAAAAUACUUUGUAUUAUUAUUAUUUUUAUUUUAUUUUAUGUUUUGUACUUUUUGGGUGUUUUGGAUGUUUCUCCUCAAAAGUUCUUUUUGAAAAGGAAUGUAUGGUUAUCACUGGCAUCGAAAGAAUAUUUACAAAGGUAGAUGCAGUAUUAUUUUGCACAACAUUUCUGUGCUUCUGAGACACAGCUAUCUUUGCAAAUCCAAAAUCUAAAUCCUUUUAACAUUUGUUUACAUACCGACAUCUUAUUCAGUCAUUUUCCAAAACACUGUGGAGACAGAAACCUAACAGUGAAAGGAAAAUCUUUAUUUCAAAGCCCUUUUCUAGACCACCACCAGUCACAUUGUUGUACUUUGACAGUUCCGUGAGCGGCAGCAUAAACAUUUACAUUAUACAAACACAGUAUGUAGCAUGAAGAAAUAUACUUAAGCACGAAUACUGCAGA